AACUAGCAAAGCGGCUUGUAAAAGAGGGCAGCAGCUAAUCCUUUUAGUUUCCAGAAUUCUUCUAGCAACAACGAAUGUAAUUACCAAAUCAAUAGCAGAAUAUAUAGUUAUAUCAAGACGACAUAUGACAAUAUACCUGCAUGUGUCUGUACCUUCAAUGUGAGCAGGUAGAAGAAUUAAUUAAAGCCCAGACACAGUUACAUAAAGGACAGUGGUAAUUGGCAACAGCAUGUCAUCCCUGAGGUGGUUUUCAGUAUUGCUUACGACAGUUUUCUGCAUUGGGACGACUGAACUUUCAGAAACACACGAGGAUCAUGGUGAAGAAAAAAUGUACUAUCACCACCACCAAGGAUCUCUAAAUGAAGUUCUGGACAUUUUGUCAGUAAGAAGUUAUAAUGGACUUCUUCCCAAAAACUUCACAAGUAGGUUAAUUAGCCAUUUUCUUCACAGAGUGGGAUGCCAGUACAGGACAUAUGAAGACUGCAGUAAGUGCCUUACACCUGAUAUUCUGUUGUCCGUGCUACACAAUGAUUCAGCAGAGCACCUUAAUGAAGAUGACUUCCAAAGGAUAUCAGUUGUCUUCCUGUAUCAUGUGAUUCACUUUAGUGAGAUCUGUUCAUCAGCCAUCUCACAGCCCAAACAGCAAUACCAGGACUACCUUAAUGAAGUUCUAAAUUUAAAUCCUCAUGAAGACAGCCAACAUUUUUCCCACAAUGAAACCAUAAGAAUCUUGGAUCUAAUUAGUGAGCAUUACGUAGCUUCAAUAACUGAUCAGUGCUUUAAUGCUAUUGCCUUAGAAGAAGAAGCUGGAUUGUUCAACAGAGAUGAAGCUGAUGAAACUAAACUUCCUAAACUGGCAGCUGUCAUAAUUACUCACAUUCUAAAGGGAGGUUGUAUUGGUCAACCAAAGCGACCUUUUCAGAAUUUCUUUACAGAAUACAUCUUUAACUUCUUAAACAGUACAGAUCAAAUUAGUAUUACUGAACUAGAACACCUUUUAAGCAAACUUGGACUUGGAAAUGAAUGUGAUUCGCAUAGUCAAGACCACAAAAUAAGAAAGAGAAAUACUGCUUUUGCAUUUUCUGACACUGAAAAACAAUCUACAGUUGAAAAGCCACAGCAUGAUGACCCACAUGAAUGCUGUCAUAAACAGAAAGAAGGCACUGAAGAUUGGGCACAGGUUUGUUUCUCUGCUACUCAGCUCGCUCAUAUAUUUUUAAAUAAAAACGAGUUUACAAUUUCUGUGGAACAUUUCAAACAAAUCAGUCCUGCAAUCAUUCAACAGUUGAUUAGUGGAGCUUGUCAGCAUAAUGACCAACAAUUUCUAAGUUCACCACCAAAUACUAUAGAAAAGUAUGGAUACAGCACUGUGGCUGUUCUUCUCAUCACUGUGGGUUCGAUGCUCGGCAUAUCACUCAUUUUAUUCAACUCCUGUGAAGAAAAUUAUAAACUCAUUUUACAGCUGUUUGUAGGAUUAGCUGUUGGGACAUUAUCUGGUGAUGCAAUAUUUCACCUUAUACCCCAGAUACUCGGCAUCCAUGGCCACGGCACUCAUGACUCACAUGAAGACAAUCAUUCUGAGACUGACACAGAAUACAUGUGGAAGCUGACUGGCUUGAUUGGUGGCAUCUAUGUCUUUUUUCUCAUAGAAAAACUUUUCACCAUUCUAGUGGUAUCAAAGAGCCAGGAUCAUUCACUUGGCAAUGGACACUUAGCACAUUCCCAAGACCUUCAACUGGAAUCCAACCUCAGUAAUCAAACAGGAAGAGGAAAAUCUCUUUCUACAAUGCAGCUGGAAAUACCAGAAGAUUCAGAAGUCAUAGAAAUAUCAUCAAAUGUCACACCACCAGAAAAGAAUGCUACUGAAACUCAAAGUAAAAGCAUAACUCUGUUGCCGUUUAUGAUAUUAGCAGGGGACAGCCUACAUAACUUUGCUGAUGGCUUGGUGAUUGGGGCAGCAUUCUCCAACUCAACAGAUACAGGAAUUGCAACAACUGUUGCCAUUUUAUGUCAUGAAAUUCCUCAUGAAGUGGGUGACUUUGCUGUGCUACUAAAUUCAGGUCUAUCAGUAAAGACUGCAAUGCUUUUGAACUUCCUAAGCGCACUGACUGCCUUUAUUGGACUUUACUUAGGACUUGCCAUAUCCAAUGACCCAAACAUUCAGAAAUGGAUCUUCGCAGCUACAGCUGGAAUAUUCCUGUAUUUAUCAUUAGCUGAAAUGCUUCCCGAAAUGACUCAUGUGCAAACAGCAAGACCUUGGCUGAUGUUUUUUCUACAGAAUAUUGGACUGUUGCUUGGCUGGAUUUGUCUGUUGCUCCUGGCACUGUAUGAGCACAAGCUCAAGUUAUAAAACAGACAAAAAAAUCUGUAAAUUGUCUGUGACUUAGGAAGUUCUGGUAUUGUUAGCUCAGCUAUUAAAUUGUUUAGAGUUUUAGUAAUAUUGAUGACAUAUGGUUCUAAAUGAACAUGAAAUUUUGUGGUGUAAUGACACGCACCAAAGGGUACCCAGUCAUCUGUUUAUUUGUUGCUAAUAAUGACACUAGACACCAGCUUUCAAAGAACAAAUUUAGUGACUCACAAAAUAGCAGCAUAGCGGAAAGGCAUUUUCCAUCUGUAAAAGUGGUACACCAGAAUCUGUUCAUUGUGGGAUAGGUAAUCUUUAAAGACACAGAGCAGUAUUACAUAUAUACAAAUACAUAUAAACAUGUUAAAAGUUGUACAUACGUUAUUAACAUACAUGGUGUAUGGAUAUAUUACAUAUAUGAUAUUUGACAUGAAUUACUUAUGUCCAAGCAUGGUCACAAAUCAGAAAACAGCUGACCGUGGUUUGGAAAUUGCAUAUGUGCUAGAAUUAAAAAAAAAAAAACAACCAUUACAUUUCAUAAUUGCAAAAUAGCUGAAAUGCAAAAUAUCUGAUGUGUAAUGUUUAUUUUUUGUAAAAACCUUUAAAGUCAAUAACAUUAAUUUUGCAUCUGUAUCAUCUUUGAUAUUGUAAAAUUGAAACAGACAUGCAUGCAACAACAUUAUUAAUCUAUUGAUCCACAAAAUCAUAUGUCAAUAAUUCAUGAAGUAUGGUAUAAGUAAGAGCAGAAGUAAGGUAACAUUGAUAUUUUCAAACUGCAUGCACUCAUUGUAAUAUUUACAGCUGAGCAGUAGCUUCAGAUUUUGCAUUAUUCUUUCUUAUGAGACAAAUGUAGUUUUGAUUUCAUAUUUGUUCAGAUAUUUCUUUCUGUCUAGGACUGCAAAGUCUGAAGCAAUUGUAAAAGAUCUUGAAACUUUCAAACCUGGAAUUGUCAUUAUCCUUCGUAUUCAUGCAUUAUAUAUCAGUUCAAAAAUCGGUGGAAUUUAAAAUGCAAAUAUAUACUGUGACGUAUCUGAAUUUAAUGAUGUUGGCCUUAAGAAUAAUUAUAGAAAUGUAAUUUUGUACUAAACAUAACAAUGCUACAGUAAAAAUGCUUAUUCUUCAGUUUUGAAAUAA